GCCCAGCAGUGGAACCCACCUGUGCCCAGCAGUGCCACCCACAUGUGCCCAUCAGUGCCACCCACCUGUGCCUAUGCCACUCACUAGUGCCCAGCAGUGCACCAAUCAGUGCAGCCUAUCAGACCUACCCAGCAGUGCCAGCAAUCAGUGCCUAGCAGUGCCACCAAUCAGUGCCCAGCAGUGCCACCCAUCAGUGCUGCCUUUCAGUGCCAAUCAGUGGCGCCUAUCAGUGCCCAUCAUUGUUGCAUAUCAGUGCCAGCUCAUCAGUGCUGUCUAUCAGUGCUGCCUAUCCGUGCCACCUAUCAGUGCCCAUCAGUGCCGCCCAUCAGUGCUGCCUAUCAGUGCCCAUCAGUGCUGCCUAUCAGUGCAGCCUCAUCAAUGCACAUCAGUGAAGGAGAAAAAGUACCUGUUUGCAAAAUUUUAU